AUGGCCUCCUCCUUAACACAACCACCACCACUUCUUCCCUCUCUUCACCACCCAAUUCCCAAAUCCAACCUCACCCGCCGCUCACUCCUCCUCACAUCCACCGCCACUUUCUCCUUCCCCACCCUUUCCUCUUCCGCCUCACCAACACAACCACCAAACCCCACCAUCACCGACCGCGUCUUCAUUGAAUUCAGCCUCUGCCCCAACUAUUACCUCCCAAAUCGCACCUUAGGAGACGACAUUUCCACUCUUUGCUCAGAUUCCACCUCACUCGGACGCGUCAUCAUCGGCCUCUACGGCAACCUCGUUCCUCGCACAGUCUCAAAUUUCAAAUCCCUCUGCAUUUCCGCUUCCAAUUCUAACCCUAAUUCUUCUUCCUACAAAAACACAGUCAUCCACAAGGUUUUUCCAGGUCAGUACUUUCUUGCCGGACAUCAGGGUCGUCCUGAAAGAGGCGAUGUCCGCCCUCCUAACCACCUCCCCCGCAACAUUGAAACAGUCGACCCCAAAGCAUUUGCGCUGACACAUUCCCGGGCCGGCAUCGUUUCACUCCCCCUAUCUGAAAAUGAUGAUGACGAUGAGAUUAAGUUUGACCCUGAAUACCGGAAUGUUGAAUUCUUAAUCACCACCGGACCUGGACCUUGUCCUCAGCUUGAUAGCAAGAAUAUUGUCUUUGGAGCUGUGCUUGAAGGGUUGGAUGUCAUCACAGCCAUAGCUUCCACUCCCACUUACCAACCAGGUGAGCGAAUUCGCCAAUUUAAUGACUUGGCAGAAUUUUUCGGAGACGAAAGGGCUCAGAAUGCACGCGCCAUAUGGAACAGGCCACUUACCACCAUUUAUAUUAGUGACUGUGGAGCACUAGAGGUUGCAAAGCCUUCUCUCACACCUUCUCUCCCAUAA